AGUGGAGAAGAUAUCAAGAUGGCGGCUCAGCAGAAGAAAAACGAGGUUGGAUUGUUUGAAGAAGACGACGAAUUUGAAGAAUUCCCUGCUGAAGAAUGGACUGAACAAGAUGAAGAUCAGGAAGAUAUCCAUGUAUGGGAAGAUAACUGGGAUGAUGACACAGUUGAAGAUGAUUUCUCUAACCAACUAAGGGCUGAAUUAGAGAAGCAAGGACAUAAAGUGGAACAGCAGCAGGAACCAAUGAAAUCAUGAUGACACACAUCUUACAUUAUCAUAACCUUUUCAUACAAUGUCAUUCCUGACAUUUUUUUCUUUUUGUACAUGUAAAAUGGUGUUCUACAAGAUCUUUGUUGUGUUAGGAGAAUCUACUUGCUGCUUUGAAAGAUACAGCUUGAAUUACACUUAAAACACACACAAACCUAUUUUUGCUGUUAAAAUAAUUUUCAAAAAUUCAUGAAAAGUAAUUAAUGAGCAUUUAGACCUAUCAGGUCCUUCAAAUCCAUCACGUGCAUGGAUCUUGAUACCUGAUAACAGAUUAACAUGGAUAUCUUUAUAUAAAGAUUUUGAAAUAUUUAUAAAGGACCAAAAGAGUACAAGAGCAUGUCAAGAAUAAGGACCCUAAAUGCUCAUUAAUUAUUCAUGAGUUUUUGAAGUCGUUCAAUAAACUUGCAGAUCGUGUUUUAUCAGAUCUUAAACCAUCGACUACACCUCAUGGUUUUAAACCUGAUAAAACACUCCUGCUCGUUUAUUAAACUUUACGUAAUAAUAGACUAGAGAGAGAUCCAAAAAACUCAUUUUCCAGCAGACAUAUAAGCACAAACACUACGACUCCAUAUUACUGGCAUAAGAAAAAAUAAUAUUCAUUAGGUUAUAUGUACUGGUAAUUCAUUACAGUGAGUUUCACAUGACUAUAAUAAACUACUAAGGAUGUGAUGUAAUGUGCAGUGACUGUAUUUGUGCUGUAUCCUGGUGUGGGAUCUAUCAGUUACUUAUCAUAUAUGACUUGUGUAUUACAGUUAUUAGAAUUUUCAAUAAACGUUUUAUUGUUGAA